GCACGUGCGUUGUAGGGUUUUGUGUUUGGCUUCAUCCAAUGUAACUGCGGUCAUUUGUUAGAUUCUUAAACUAUGCAAAAAUAAAUAAAUUAUUAAUACUAAUACAAAUAUGUCAGUAUGAAAUACACGAGACAGCGUAGGCUGCACAGCAGAGAGCUUACGGACAAACGACUGCUCCUUAAGCAUCAUCUGAUCGUGAUAUCUAUGAACAGAGAUGUUACAUCCAUGCACGGCUUUCGCUUUGAGACGUGAAGCAUGUUAGAGUAGGAAAUGUUGUGAGUGGUCAGUGUUGCGCUCGCGUUGCUCUCGGCUCGACGUCAGUGUGAGUGCAGCAGUGCAGUAGACAGCAUUACAUGAGCUGCCUGCGCUCGUCGCUGCCGCUUCUGCCUUCUGUGCGUUAAGCGAUCCGCUACACUAGCUCUCAUCACUCAUCCCCGUAUUGCUCUGCUCUUCCAGGCCACCCGUACAUGGAUUUCUCCUGGAUUUCCCAUCUCUAACAUGGACGCCCGGGCGGAAGGUUGCUCCUUUGCGCAGUGAGACGGACAUGCGGAGCAUCGCUGAUAUGGAGUGUCCUCUUCUGUCUCAGUGACCAUGCCGUGAUCACAUCGCUGACAAAAACACCUCCAAAGCAGAAAUAAGUGGGAAUCUAACGAUCCAUCCAGGGGAAUGACAUGCAGUGUAUCGCAGGCAUCAUGAAGAUGUGCUCUCCUCUGGUAACUCAUCAGAGAUGGCUUGGGCUUUUGCUGCUCUUACUGUGUGUGGGAUAUUCUCACGGGAUGCCACAUGUGUUAAGAUUCGGGGGGAUAUUUGAAUCCAUUGAAAGUGGCCCAUCUGGUGCUGAAGAACUUGCCUUUAAGUUUGCUUUAAAUACAAUCAACAGGAACAGAACUUUACUGCCAAACACCACACUCACAUACGACAUCCAAAGGAUAAACAUCCACGACAGCUUUGAGGCCUCCAGAAAAGCUUGUGACCAGCUCUCUCUGGGUGUGGCGGCCAUCUUCGGUCCCUCCCACAGUUCUUCGGCCAACGCGGUGCAGUCCAUCUGUAAUGCUCUGGGGGUGCCGCAUAUCCAGACCAAGUGGAAGCACCAGGUGUCCGACAACCGCGACUCCUUCUACGUCAGCCUUUACCCAGACUUCUCCUCCCUCAGCAGAGCCAUCUUAGACUUGGUUCACUUCUUCAAGUGGAAAACGGUCACAGUGGUUUAUGAUGACAGCACAGGUCUGAUUCGAUUACAGGAGCUCAUCAAGGCUCCGUCUCGUUACAACAUCCGAUUAAAAAUCCGGCAGCUACCAGCAGAAACAAAAGAUGCCAAGCCCCUUCUUAAAGAAAUGAAACGAGGGAAAGAGUUUCAUGUGAUCUUUGACUGUGGUCAUAUAAUGGCAGCUGGCAUCCUUAAACAGGCUCUUGCAAUGGGAAUGAUGACGGAGUAUUACCACUACAUUUUUACUACCCUGGAUCUCUUCGCGUUGGAUGUGGAGCCCUAUCGCUACAGCGGGGUCAACAUGACAGGAUUCCGGAUCCUAAACACAGAGAAUAGCCAGGUGUCCUCCAUCAUUGAAAAGUGGUCCAUGGAGCGUCUGCAGGCUCCUCCUAAACCAGACUCUGGCCUGCUGGAUGGUUUCAUGACAACAGAUGCUGCCCUGAUGUAUGACGCGGUACAUGUGGUGGCCGUGGCCGUCCAGCAGUCUCCUCAAAUCACUGUCAGCUCGCUCCAGUGUAAUCGCCACAAGCCCUGGCGUUUCGGAAACCGCUUCAUGACGCUCAUCAAAGAGGCCCACUGGGACGGUUUGACCGGACGGAUAAAUUUCAACAGGACCAAUGGCCUGAGGACAGAUUUCGAUCUGGAUGUGAUCAGCCUGAAGGAAGAGGGGCUAGAGAAGAUUGGGACAUGGGAUCCUGCAAGUGGUUUGAACAUGACGGAAAACCAAAAGGGAAAGGCAGCCAACGUGUCGGAUUCUCUCUCCAACCGAUCGCUGGUGGUGUCCACUAUACUGGAAGAGCCUUACGUGAUGUUCAAGAAGUCAGAUAAGCCUCUAUAUGGUAACGAUCGCUUCGAGGGCUACUGCAUCGACCUGCUGCGAGAGCUGGCUGCCAUCCUGGGCUUCACCUAUGAAAUACGACUGGUGGAGGAUGGCAAGUACGGAGCGCAGGAAGAGAGCACGGGCCAGUGGAAUGGCAUGAUCCGAGAACUGAUGGACCAUAAAGCUGAUCUUGCAGUGGCACCCCUGGCCAUCACGUACGUGCGGGAGAAGGUCAUCGACUUUUCCAAACCCUUCAUGACGCUGGGGAUAAGUAUACUGUACCGCAAACCCAACGGCACCAACCCGGGGGUGUUCUCCUUUCUCAACCCCCUGUCCCCCGACAUCUGGAUGUAUAUUCUGCUCGCUUACUUGGGUGUCAGUUGUGUGCUGUUUGUCAUAGCCAGGUUUAGCCCCUACGAAUGGUAUAACCCCCACCCAUGCAACCCCGACUCGGAUGUGGUGGAAAACAAUUUCACCCUGCUAAAUAGUUUCUGGUUCGGAGUUGGAGCUCUCAUGCAGCAAGGAUCUGAGCUCAUGCCCAAAGCCCUUUCCACCAGGAUAGUAGGAGGCAUCUGGUGGUUUUUUACCCUAAUCAUCAUCUCCUCCUACACGGCCAACCUAGCCGCCUUUCUUACCGUGGAGAGAAUGGAAUCUCCAAUUGACUCGGCCGAUGACUUGGCCAAGCAGACCAAGAUUGAGUAUGGAGUGGUGGAGGAUGGCGCCACAAUGACCUUCUUUAAGAAAACAAAGAUCUCCACGUAUGACAAGAUGUGGGAGUUCAUGAGCAGUCGAAGACAUUCGGUGAUGGUGAAGAGCAUCGAGGAAGGAAUUGAACGUGUGCUCACCUCUGAUUAUGCUUUCCUUAUGGAGUCCACCACCAUCGAAUUUGUCACUCAGCGCAACUGCAACCUCACGCAGAUCGGAGGCCUCAUAGACUCCAAGGCCUAUGGAGUCGGCACCCCAAUGGGGUCCCCGUACCGAGAUAAGAUCACCAUCGCAAUCCUGCAGCUACAGGAGGAAGGGAAGCUGCACAUGAUGAAGGAGAAGUGGUGGCGAGGAAACGGCUGUCCCGAGGAGGAGAAUAAGGAGGCCAGUGCGCUGGGCGUCCAGAACAUCGGUGGCAUUUUCAUAGUGUUGGCCGCGGGACUCGUCCUCUCUGUGUUUGUGGCAGUUGGGGAGUUUCUCUAUAAGUCCAAACAAAACGCACAGCUGGAAAAGACAGUGCCUGUGUCUGGAGAGCAAACAAUCCUUCUUGAUGUAAGUCUCUGAAGACAGAAGGGCUUGGGCUUUACUUGCUCAAAUGGCCGGCAUUGUGUCAUCUCGCCUCAACAGAUGUGUUGUUCUUUACCCAUAUCCACUUCACUCGUAUACUUGAUCUACUGAUCUACUGAGCCAUUGAAUGCUUGAAGUGUACAGUCAAUAAUGCGUUAGUUGUAAAAAAAAAAAAAAACCCUUGAAAUGAUUGAACUCCAGUUCUCUCACUCACAUUUUUCUUCUCAUGUCACAAAUAUAAUGUUUAAGCACAUACACGCUCUCAUAUAAUUUAUUGUCAGUUAGAAUUCUACUAAUUAGCUGUGGUUUCACGAACUAGACUAAAUUGCAGGUGUGCUUGAUAAUCUAUUAUUUAGUAUUUUAUUUUAUUUUCCAGUUGAUGUUGUACUGUUUAAUUCACAGUCUCUUGAAUUCUCUUUAAAAUGACUAAAUGUCACUUCAGUGGAUGAACUAAGUACAGAGCUGCAUUUACACUGUCCUAUCAGAAUGUUAUUAAUCUGCUUUAAUAUAUGUGUCAUCAUUUCUUCAUGUUUGCAUUUUUGGAACUGAAAGAAGGCAUUUAAUUGCCCUUGUUUAUUUGAAUAUUUAGUUUUUUUUUUUGCAGUCAGAAUGGCACUCUGUCUAUAAUUACCACACAAAUAGAAUAAUCAUUUCAACUCAUCACAUUUGCUUUACUUUAGUAUGGGAGGCCAUAAUGGCCCAGUGACACAUUACAAUGAAGUUGCUAUGCCGUGUGUUCACAUUGCACGUUGCAAUGCAACAAACUGCACUGUAGACACAUAAUUGCUCUAAGUUUUGUUUACUUUAAAGAGAUUUUAGUUGGUUUGAAGCAUUUGCAUUUAAGCUCAAAGAUUUGCUCUCUAAAUAUGUAUAACCUUGAUUAUCGUCCAAUAACAGCAUCAACCUGCCAGCUUAAGUUUUUUUUUCUCCAAAAAGCACAGCUCCAUGUAUUCACUCUCAGUGGAAGAAGUGUCUUUUAUACUCAUCUCGGAUUCAUUGUAUCGAUCUCUUUAAGUGCUAUCAUUUGUUUGCUGUAAGUCAUCAUAUUGACAUUCACAAAUAUUCUGGCAAUGCGUUAUGUUGCUGCCUGAUCCUUGUUUAAUGAUUACAUUGAUAUCAUAAGCCUACCGGCCAAUGAUACUGAGCAUCAAUCUAAAGCCAAGGUUGGGAGUGCGUUUCUAUAUAGAGAUGUACAAAAAGAUAAAAAGCCCUAUAGAUCAGUGCAUUUCUAAGUUUGGUAACUACUCUAUAAAUGGUAAUGUUCUCAAUGAAAGUUAUUAUAAAGCAUAACUGAGAAAAUCUAGCUUGUUUACAUUGGGGCUCCCUGGGUUGGCUGCAAGUCUGGGGUGCAUUUUCAAGAGAAUAGUUAACCAGUGGUUGCAUUUUCCAAAACUAUCAAACAUUCACAAACAGUAUCGCAGUUGUUUUGCUGGAACCGUGGUUAGAAACAUUGUUUCCUGUUAGUAUGGCAUAUGGAAUAGAUCACGCUCUUUAGCAAAAUAAGCAUGCAGAACAAUUUAUAUGUUUAAUUUACAUUUCAUUACAUGUAUAUGUAUUUUAGUUUGUUAAGAAAAGAG